AUGCCGCUCUUCGACGACGACGUCGAGCCUCUCGACGACUCCGCCGCUUCCUCCUCUUCAUCUUGUCCUGAGUGUCGUGUUUCGCCAGAGUUCUCCUCGGUCAAUUUCUGCUCCGCCUCACUCGACCCGCGUCUCCCGCCCUCUUCUACCUCCUGUCAACAUAAGAAUGGCUCUCUUCCGUCCUCUCUCUUGUCUGCGGCGUGUCUGUCGCCACGCGCGUCUUCCUCGCCGUCUUCCUCACCCACCGACAGUGGAGGCCCAACUCCAGCGGUCAACGGGUGUGCAUACAGCUUAGAAGAGCGUCACAUGAUCUGGCGUAAAAACGCCGCUCUCCACUACGGGGCAGUGCUCAGUCACAAAAUGGAGUGGCCUUCGAUGACGGUCGAAUUCCUCACGCCCCCGUCGUCGUCGUCCUUUGCAGGCGGGGUGAGCGGCCGGGGCUCUGCAGCGUCUGCAGUCUCCACCGGCGACGCGUACGUCUCGCAUCGGCUGCUUCUUGGCACCUGCACGAAUGGAGAAGAAAAGAACUUUUUGACCAUCGCCGAACUGCGGUGGCCUGCGCCGUCGCUCGAGGAAGACCCUCUCAAAUGCGAAUCCUACUCUGGUUUUAUUCCGCCUCGCGCGCGAGCCAAGUCUAUCCUGGCGAGUGCAGGGCUGCCUGGAGGCCCAGGGAACGCCACAGCCGCGGCCGCGAGCGCCUCGCUGGCCGCGCAGCACGUCCCCUCCCUCGAGACGAAGGCGCGGAUCCUGCACCCUGGCGACUUGAUUCGCGCCAAGCACAUGCCUCAGAACGCCUUCAACAUCGUCACCAUCAACGAAGAGGGCCUCGGCAUGUACUGGAACUUCUCCAGGCACCCUUCGUUCCCUGCUGCGGACCAAGUCAUUGCGAAGCCGCAGUUGCUUCUCUCUCCGCCGGGGUCGUCGUCCGAACUCGCCAAGCUGCAGGCGGCGGCGUGGAUGCCUGGCGGCGAGAACGCAGGAUUUCUUUUCAGCUGUACAGACACCGGGUUGGUGUGCCUGUGGGACUUGCGGAAGACGGGCGCGCAGCACAUGCCAAAGUCGCGCGACUCUUUGUCUACUAGCGGCCUCGCGCACGUGAGGAAAACUGUGUAUGGCGGCAACGUCACGAUUGCGGAGGGAACGCCAGAAAUCAGUCCGCUGGCGUGCGUCUCUCUCUCUUCUUCCGCCUCUUCCUCUUCGCUCUCUCUGAACGACAUCCAGGUGCAUCCGCGGUACCCCGUCGUCGUUGGAACAGCCGGCGAAGACGGAGCUCUGCGCGUGUUUGACAUGCGCCAGGCGCACGGUGAGGCGCUCUCUGUGUCGGCGGCCUCUGCGGUAAAGUCCUCUGUCUCGGCUUCGUCUCUCGCGUCCGACAGCUCUCUCCUGCAGCUCUCUUCGUCUUCGGCUGGCGUGCCUCUACCCGCGAAACAGCGCGUCUAUCCUCCGGUCUCCUCUCCGGGCGUCUCAGCAGCCGCGGCGCCCGCGGCCCUGAACUCGCUCAGCUUCAACCGGCACAGCGAGCACGUCGUGGCUGUGGGCUCAGCGCGCGGCGCGGUGUCUCUCUUCGACUUGCGGCUUCUCGCGCGGCCGUUCCUCUCUCUUUUCCACGACUCCGAAGAGGUCACAGCGCUCCAGUUCGCGCCGAGCGCGUCCUCGCUCCUCGCCGCGGCCUCUGCCGGCGGCGACGUCGUCCUGUGGGACUUGAGCGAGCGGGCCGCGGGGGCGGCAGUCUCCGCCGCGCGGCUGCGCAGAGAAAAAAACGAAGACGUCGAGAUGGGCGAAGGCGAGGCCUCGGCUGCGGCUGCCGCUGGGGCGGCGUCUCGACAGGCGGCUUUUGUUCACGCAGGACACGCGGCAGGCGUCAGCGACUUCGCCUGGUGCGCCGAGGCCGCGUCCGCUGGCGCCGGCGGAGGAGCGCAGGGCGGUCGGCGCAGCGAACCGGCUGAGAAGGGCCGCGUCGGUGCGCUGCUAGGCGCCAGUGUUGCCUGGGACAACCGCGUGCAGGUCUGGCAGCCCUCUGAGCACCUGUUCGUCGACCAGGGCGCCGGAUGGUGA